AGAAUGAGAACCAUACUAAUCACUGCAAUAUUGUUCAUGAGUGUAGUGGUUGCAGAAGAUGCUGGUGCUGGUAAAGCCAUCAAUCCUAUAGCAGAUGCUGCAACCGAUGAAAGCACUAAUGUAGCUAAAUACGUUGGUAUCAGCUUGGCCAAUGAUCAAAUACUUAGUGGACAAGCUCAAGCAUACGAGUCUCCGAGGUUCAAGAGGUUUGUGACACAUUGCAGCUCACGUGUUGCUGAAACAUGCAGUGGAAAUGAUCCAAUGCAAAAAGGAGGUGGAAUCAAUGGCCAAUUAGGGUUGUCUCAAUGCCUUUUUGAUUCCAUGGAAGCAUGCUUGGUAGAUCACAAGGCCUCACUUUAUCAAACAACUUCUUCCUAUAAACCUAAACAGUCAAUUCAAUAUUUGACAGAGCUCAUUCAGACUGUAAAAUUUCAAACCGUCUUGAGAACAUGCUCUCAAUCCACUGCACAAAGUUGUUUGACUGGUUAUAAUGUUGAUGCAUCAGCUUUAUCAGCUUGUCUUGUACCAUCUUUGAAUCAGUGUGUGUAUCCUACUCUAUGGUGGCCAUUUCCACCAGCACCGCCACCACCACCACCACCACCACCAAAACCACUACCACCACCUUUUCCUACUCAAGUUGAUCAAGUUGAUCAAGUUGAGCCUCCUGGUAUGACUUCUUCUUUCACCUUCUGUACUAUCAUGACGGGAGAUAAAUGUACUUGCGUUGCAUUUUAUACUAAUACAGCAAUAAUUGCAAUGCAUUAUAGAUUAUCCUAUAUAUGUAAGGAAUAA